CGCGCCAUGCGCGAGGCCGACGCCGAGCGCGCGCUCGCCCGCUUCUGGCGCGACCUCCACGCCCUCGUCGGCAACUCCAUGUCCGCCGCGCUGGCGGCCGCGCUGCGCUCCGUCCUCGGGCAGCUGAUGCGGACCGUGCUCGGCGUGCGCGCCAGCGGCAGCGGUCGCGGCGGGGGCAAAGAUAAAGAAGAGGGGGCGGACGCCGACGAGGUGCAGAGGGCGAGGAGCGAGCUGCUGCAGCUCGUCGAGUCGCUGCGCGACGUGGGGCUCGCCGGCGAGAGGUUCCAGAUCCUAUUCGCGGAGCUGCUCGACGGCAUCACGGUCGACUACAUCCGGCAGACGUACGCGGGCGUGUGGGAGCCCAACGAGGAUGACGCGUGGUCGCGGAUACGUACUUCAGCGCGCGUCAGGAUCCAGCCGAGGUGCGUGAGGGAGCUCUCGGUGUGGGUCGAGGACCACUGCGCGAGGCUGGCCGUCGAGGUUACCGGCCGCCUCGGCGGCGGCCUGCAGGUGUCCUGGACGGACCUGGAGAAGUGGAAGGAGAUCGCCACGGGGCGCCUCGCCGCGCUCCGCAUCGACGAGCUGUUCGACAUCGUCGUCAGCUGGCCGAGCAGCGAGGGCGGGGUCGACGACCUCCGCUACGCCAUCACGACGCCGCAGCGACGUCUCCAGCUUACCGACGCCUUCUCGAACACCCUGCAGAAGCGCCUGCUCCACCCCGGGCGCUCGACGCUGGACAUACUACGCACCUACAUCGCCAUGAUCCGGACGUUUCACAAGCUGGACCACUCCAGGGUGCUGCUCGACAGGGUAGCUUACUCCCUCCAGAUGUACCUAUGUACCCGCGAGGACACAGUUCGUAUCAUAGUCACGGGACUGCUGGCCAAUCGGGAUGAGGUCGACUCCGAGGCGCGUAAGACGAAGCUCGUCGAGCUCGUCGAGCUGCUAUUUCAAGACCCCGGCCGCAACGGCUUCGCGCGGCCGGAUGAGGAAUGGGAAGACCUGGAUUGGGUCCCGCCCCCGGUAGACGCGGGCUCGAACUACAAGCGGCGAAAAUCCGAGGACGUGAUCGGGACGCUCAUCGGCGCCUUGGGCUCUCCGGAAGUCUUUAUUAAGGAAUUUCAGGGCAUCAUAGGCGAGCGGCUGCUAUCCGAGAAGAAGACUUUCGAGCAGGAGGUGGACGUGCUCGACCUGCUGAAGAAGCGCUUCGGCGAGUCUUCACUGCAGGCCUGCGACGUGAUGAUCAAGGACAUCCAGGACUCGGCGCGGCUCGACGGCGUCAUCCACCGCGGGGCUGUCAACCACCCGGACAAGGUGGACCGGGUCUGGACGAUCCACGCGAGGAUCCUGUCGCGGCUGUACUGGCCCGAGGUCGGCGAGGAGCGGUUCGCGCUGCCGGCGGAGGUGGAAGAAAUGCAGAAGAUGUACGAGACCAUCUUUGAGCGCCUCAAGCCAUCGCGCAAGAUGAAGUGGCUCAACCACCUCGGCCAGGCUACGGUGGAGCUCGAGCUCGAGGACCGGACGGUGAUCGAGCGGGUGCACACUUACGAGGCGGCGGUCAUCGACGCCUUCGGCGAGGGGGGCGCGCCGAGCUGGUCGUUCGACGACCUGUGGAUGAAGCUCGAGAUGGACGAGGACCUCCUCACCGCGGCGCUCGGCUUCUGGGUCCAGAAGCGGGUGCUCCGCCGGCUGGCUAACAAUACUUACGCUGUGAUCGAGCGGCUCUCGGACGUCGAGCAGCAGCAGCCGCCGCCGUCAUCCCUGGUAGGAUCCGCGGAGGCGGGGGCGUCGGGAGGCGAGGGCGCCGGCACGGUGACGGCGACGACUCCGCUCCGGGCCAAGCCGCCGGGGAUGAGCGAAAAGGAGCGGGAGAAGCGGCAGGUGUACUGGCAGUUCAUCGUGGGGAUGCUGACGAACUCGAGCCCGACGAUGCCGCUGAGCCAGAUCGCGAUGAUGAUGAAGAUGCUGAUGGCGGACGGGUUCCCGUGGAGCAGCGAGGAGCUCCAGGAGUUCCUGGGCGAGAAGGUGGCGGACGGCGAGCUCGAGAUCGUCGGCGGGAAGUACAAGCUCGUGAAGAAGUGAAGGGGGGGGGGGGGGGGUUGGGGAGGGUGAGACAGACAGAGAAAAAAAGAAGAUUUUCCGGUAUCCGGAUCGCGGCACACAGGCGCCAUCUAUCUGAAAGCGAUGACCAAGGCAUUGUCAUUGGGGGC